AUGCGUAUCGCCUUCGUGUCGCUGCCGCUACAGUAUGAGAUCCGGCAUAUCGCAACCCUCAUGGAAAAUGUGUUCGUCGUACUUGGCGACGGAGGACUCUAUUCAUUCCACCGAUACGACCAACGCCGUAUCGAAAAUAAGCAUUCGUCGGCUGUGUUGGGCAUUGAAAUCGUCGAUGGCCAUCUUGUGACCUUCAGCAGCAAGGAAGUGAUCACGUACGAACUGGUGAAGCCGAACCAAACUCCCGCAGUGGGCAAAGGUGCCCGCCACGGGGGUGUGAGACGACCGUCAAUUGAACAUACGAGUGGCACUACGACUGAUGGAAAGGAUGAAGCCGUAGGGAAUAGCACCGCAAGUAGUGCUGAUGGCGCUGGUAAUAAGGGUGGUGAGAACAAAAGCCAGCAAUGGAUACCUUGCAAGACGAUACCGAUGCCGGAUGGGAUAUCCCUCGAAAUGCUUAUUCCACUGGUCGGAUUUAAGAAUAAGGUGUUGUUAGCGUCUAGCAACGGCCAGGUGCAUCUUUGUAACGUUUCCACGGGGAGUCUUAUAUACACGUUCCGAUUCCCCGACCCGGUGCUGCUGCACCAAGUUAAGGAGGGUGGGCAGGGAGUCACGUCAAUGGUCCAAUCAAUGCUGAAGUCAAACGCUAUUGUCGCGGUGGCGUACCGUAGCGGUGAGGUGGUUGUAGUGGACAUUAAGAGUGACCAGUCUCUGGGCACAUUCCGGCUGUCUAAGCAGCAGCAAUAUGCGACGUCAAUGGUGUUCGUCUACGACGCCAUGGGCAUGAUGCAACGUGGCGAGAAAAGUGCCAUUGCUAGAGAAGCGUUGCUUGUGGGUGCCGCAAACGGUGACAUUGUGAUUUUCGACCUGACGGAAUUCAGGACCUUCGGCGUGGUUGAGCAUGCUCAUGCCGGGCCGGUGCGACACAUAAUGUACGUCGAAAACGCCAACCAUAUAAUCACUUCCGGUACCGACAACGCGUUGGUGCUGUGGGCUAUGGACUCCGACAAGCACCUUCUUAGAGAACUCAAGAACCGUCGAGGUCUCAUCGGCGAAAUAGGGCUGAUGAAGACGUACGACGCUGACGAGCUUGACUUGCUGGUGUGCAGCAGCGCUGAUGGCGUAGGAUACCUGGGAAAGGCGUCGACCAUCCAGCAGUUACGCUGCAGCACGUUCUCCACCAGCGCUUCGAAGCAUAAACUGAGGCCGAUCACCGCAAUCGCAACGUGCUACCAGAGGCACUACGACUGGCCUAACAUCGCAACAUGCCACCAAAACACAACGGCGGUGCAUAUUUGGAGUGGACAUCGUCGUGCCCUGGUGGAGGCUGUGUUGCGGGCGCCGAAUGUAUCGGUACCCGCAACGGCAGUGUGCAUCAGCAGCUGUGGAAACUACGUCGCAGUGGGAUACGACAAUGGAUGCAUGCACCUAUUCAACCUACAGAGCACAAACCAUGAGGACGAAUUCGUCGUUAAAGCGAACGGCGCCCGUUCGCAAGCGCACCCAGCACGCGUGAUAAUGCUAUCGCUGCUUGGAGGCACGCAACUGGUUUCAGUAUCGAACUCCAGCGAGGAUCGCUCCAUCCGAGUGUGGGAUAUAAGCACAGUCACCCUUAAGAGCACCUACGACCCUGAGAUACCCAAAGGAGCCCAUAUCUACCUUGCUGUCUGUGGGAGCUUGCUGACGGCGCUGGCGUGCUCCGACGGCGUCAUCUACCUGGUUGACGUCAUCGGCAAGAUGGUGAUCCGCACCAUUCCGUAUGGAAAGGUGACCUCUAUGUCAUUCCACCCGAACGGCAGCUGGUUCGUUGCAAAUGCAAGCGAUUCUACCAUGCUGAUUUAUGACAUUUUGGCGGCAUGCUACGUGGAGUACGCCAAGUUUACCGGUAGCGUCCUGGCGGUGAACAUCGACUCUUCCGGCGCCUUCCUGAACGUGGCGGUGGACAACGCGCCAGGGAUGAUUCUCCGGUACGCCAACAAGCACGUCUUCGAAAUCAACGCCAAAACUAUGCUGUACAAGGAUUUGGCGUCGGAGCCCGUGUUGCUCCAGUUGCCGUGCGUAAUCAACGACGAGUCGGAUGCUGAGACCGGCAGAGACGCCAGCAUACCAGAGGGAUCGGACGCUGGAGAUGUGGAGAUGCAAGUGGAAUACCGCUCAUCAAGAGAGCCUUUGGCUAAAGGCUUGCUGACGCUGUCCGGGAUGAAUUCGGGGCGCCUGCAGAGCAUCCUAUUUUUGGAUGAAAUCAAGGAGAAGAGCAAGCCUAUAGAGCCUCCCAAAGCCCCUGCGGACUUGCCCUUCUUCUUGCCAACGACUUACAAGGACGGGCAGCUGGUGUUUGUGGAGCCCACAGAAAGCGGCACGCUCGACGAGCAGACGUCUAGUACCAGAAAAAAGAUUGUGCGCUCGUCAGAAGCACUUCCAGACUUUGAGAAACUGGUUCUGGCAAAGGUAGAAGUGCCAAAGAAGUAUGAAGACAUGAUGACCUUCUUGCUGGCGCAGUCGCCUUCCGGGGUGCACCUCGCACUGUCUAUGAUGAGCGUUGAGCGUAAAGAGGAAGCACUGAAGACCAUGCUUAAGUUUUUCGAGUACUACCAGUCCAGCCGCAAGCACUCCGAUGCCUUGCAGGUGUUGUUGCACGUAUUCCUGCGCUAUCACGGCGAACACCUGAGCACCCUCAGUGGCGGAGAAUCGUGCAACGCGCUGGCGCGCCUGGGAACUUCCCUGAAGGAGGACAGUCUGGCGUUGCAGCGGCACUUCGAACGCAUUUCGUGCUUCAUCAAGUUCCUGACCCAUCUCCAGAUGGAGUGA